AUGAGCUCGCCGAAGAAGACCGACGCUGCAGCAGAGGGGAAGACCUCCGCCGGGAUAGAGACUCUCUCUAUCCCUGAGUACCACGAUCGUCACAAAACAAAGCGUGACGCUCUUGCUGCCAAGGCUGCGGCGGGGACAACUCAACCGGAGAUUGUCCUCGAAGGUUCCUCUGUGGUCAACGACGUGGAGAUGGAAGAGGGCGAGGCAUCUUCUAGCAAGCGCAAGGAGUCUAUCGACAGCGAUAGUCUCGACCCGGCAUGCGGGUCGAGACGCCUUCGUGAAGGGGACGACUCGGACGCUUCGAGCUCGAAGCGCUCGCGCGGCGAGAGCGACACUCCGCUCUCGGCUGCUGUGGCUUUAAGCUCCCCACGUGAUGUGGCGACUUCAAGCUCUCCGCGCGCUGCCUCAGUAGCGCGCGAUCCGUGGAUGCCGUCUGCGUCAGAGAUCGCAGACCGUGUGGGCAACACCGUGCGUCAAAAUGAAAUCCCACUGUGCGUAUGCAGCGGCAUCCACGAUGAUGCUGUGGCGGAGGAGCAGCACUUUGACCCGUUAACGAAUCAAAGGCGCGAUUAUUACAUCGGGCUCUUCCACGAGCUCCGUUGGAAUGCUUUUGUUGAGAACUUCAACAAGAAACCGGCUGCUUACCGCGAGCGGGUUAAGCGUGCCCGUGAGCGCUUCGAGACAUUCUCGACGCGUGGGCGGCUGGAGCAGCUCCACAGGUCCUCUGUGGACGCUGGUAUUCCGUGCGCUGUGCCCGAAGGCCAUCAGUGCACGUUGUGUCUUCCGGGUGCGGCGCGCUUGAGCGACCGAGACCUAAACGGGUACACGACGAUUCGUGUACCUGCGAGUCUCAAGGAUCUCCGUGCCAAGUUCUUGGCACGCGAGGAACGCGACGAUCGUGGGACUUCGGGCGCUGUAGGUGACCACAGCGCUCGCACUACCUUCGCGUCGGCAGUGCGUGGUGAGCUUCGUACGCCCUCACCAUUUCCGGAACGUCCCGCGGCUCCCAUGUAUCUUGGUGGGGCGGAAACCCUCUCCAACGAAUACGAUAACGAACCGGCUGCCGGUUCGUUUUCGGGGUACUAUGGUUCACAAUACGCUCAACAAUCCAGCGUGUUGAGCCGCGGGCGUCGCGGAUCGGAGGCGGCGGCGGUGGGAACACGCCCCGGGUAUGGUCAACCUGGGGUUGACCUUGGCCCGACGCUCAAGGAGCGGGAAGUGGCGAUCCGGAGGGCUCAAGUCGCUCAGGGCUCGCAGACCGCGUCGGACAUCUCUGUCGACGUGGGAGGUCGCGUCGUGCGCUUGGACCAGCGCGUUCACACGCUGGAGCAGAGGUUCGCCCCCGCUGGGGCUUCCGCUUUGGGUCAGCCGAGCUAG